AAAUCAAAACGUAAAUCAGAGGGAACCGUGAGAAAAUAUUUAAAAACCCGAGUUUAGAAGACAGACAUAUUCUAGCUGCUGCUUUGGGAAACCUUGUUUUGUCCCUGAACAUAUAGACACGUUUUAUUUGCUUGUUUAAAGGUGUUCUGUUAGUAGCGUGAGCUGCGUUCAAGAGCAGCCAAGGCGAGCACGUCCCGGCUACGUGUUAGUACGUCAUCACGUCCGGUUGUUACCAUGGAGACGCGGCGGACACAACUUGCGCCUUCUUAGAAAGCUGAACAUUAAAGCUCCUUUCAAAUAAAACGUUCUUUUCCGAAGAAUUGCAUGUUUUCAUGUAUUAAGAGCUACUUGAGCUGCAGGCGGUUUGUUCGUGUGAACUCUCACAGAAGAUGGAGGCGGUGGCGGAGUCAGAGGGGCAAGAGGAGGUCAGAAAGGUGGAGACGCCUACGGAGGAAGAGGAGGAUGAUGAAGAGCCGACCACGCUGGAAGGACCUCGCUGCGUUCCAGCUCGUGAAGAGCUUCUUCUGACAUUGGACAACGCGGACAAGCUGUGUCCAGAGUCGUACCGGCGCAACUCCCCCAACGAGGUCCGACUGAUGGCCGUCGCCGACAGCUUCCAGCGGCAGUACGCUCACCUGUGUCCCGACCGCAGGCCGCUGCUGCUCUGCCCGACCAACGAGUGGGGCGUGAGGAAGUUUGUGUCCACGACUCUUCGGCCCGCGGCGACGGACCACCCGGAGCUUUUCACCUGGCAGGGUUGCGCCUCCUUUGUGGCCGACUUCCUGUCUCUGGAGCCGCUGGAGCCACCGGAGAACCUGCCCCGGUCCCUGUUCUCCUCCACCCUGGUGCUGCAGAGCCAGAGGGCCACGUGCCUGGAGGCCUCCACGCUGCUCUGCAGCCUGCUGCUCGGCGCCAACUACGACGCCUACUGCGUCAGCGGCUACGCCUCCAAGGACACGUGCCUGCUGGACCGCAGCCUGCUGCGCUGCCCCCUGCUGGGCGCCCCGCCGCAGGCCGGGACCUCGGAGCAGGAGCCCCCGGAGAACAAGUACCUGGUGAAACCUGCGACGGAGCUGAGGAGUCGCUUUGUGACGCAGCAGGAGGAGGAGAAGAAGAAGCGGGAGGCGGAGGCCGCGUCACUGGAGGAGCAGCAGGAGGGCGAGCGGCGAGCGGACGACCCCCUGCGGGGGCUGCGAGUGCACUGCUGGGUGCUGGUGCUGUCCGGCAGUCGGGACGUCCCGCAGAACUUCUUCAUCGACCCGCUGACGGGCGACAGCCACGCCCCCGACGACCAGCGCUUCCUGGGCGUGGAGAGCGCCUGGAACCACCUCAACUACUACGUCAACAUGCAGGACUGCAGCAGCGGCUGCGCAGACAUGGCGUUCGACCUGGAGGACCCGAGCAGGUGGGAGCCCCUCCUCUACGGGGCGCUCAGCAGGAGGACGCUGGCGCUCUGCGUCUGCAGGAAGAAGGAGCGAGAGAUGAUGAGCAGACUCCUCAAGAAGGAGGAGCAGGAGGAGGAGGACGGGGAGGAGCCUGGUGUUUUGGAGAUGCCACGUUCUUGGGUCAGUUACAUCGACAUCUCAAAAGAAGACCUGGAGACCCGCUGGCCGGGCCGACAGGAGACCACCCGCUACAGGAAGGCCACGCUGGAGCACUUUGCUCCGCACCUGAACCCAGACGGGCUGGUCCGGAGACUCACCACCUACGAGGACCUGGCCUGCACUGAGGAGGUCGCGGUGAGGUCGUGGUAUCAGCACAGAGACGACCACCUGCAGGAGACUGAGGUCAACGAGGUCGAUAACUCGACCACACAGCGCUUCACACCUGGAAGAACCUUUGGCGUUUUAUUCCACAGGUUCUGGUCCCGCAGCGAGAAGCACGACAUGCGGUUCAGCGGCGCCGCUCGCGUGGACGGUCUGGUGAGGAGGACGUUGUCCCCGGAGGAGAUGACGGAGACCUUCGAGGGCCGGAAGGACUUCCUCUUCCACCGGCACGCCGUCUUCCUGCAGGACGGACGCGCGUCCACCUCAGAGUCCACCUCAGAGUCCACCUCAGAGUCCACCUCAGAGUCCGACUCCGACUCCGACUCCGACGAGGAGGAGCAGCUGCUGCAGGAAGUGCUGGAGCGUUUCCACCGGGACCGAUCCAAACCGGCCCACGCCGACGUAGCCCAGCGGGUGUUCCUGCUGGCUGAGGGGCGGAUUGAGGUGACCUAUCACCUGGAGGACCACAGGUGCGUCGCCUCGAGGAGGAGCUUCGUCAAACCGCUGCAGUCAAAGAGAUCGAAGGCCGAGGACUUCAGACGGGACAUGGUGUCCAGCUUCCAGGUAGACGCGUCUGAGGAGCCUCUGAAGAACCUGAUCCUGAGUCAGAUGCUGGAUGACCUGAUCAAGGAUGAGAAGGAGGCGUCUCUCCAAAUCAAAAUGUCCAGGAAAGAGGUGGAGGACAUCCUGUCCCGCAGGGAGACGGAGGAGCAAAGCGUCGGCCUCCACUUCUCCCCGUGGACGACGAGCGGAGCGGCCCAAGCCCGAAGCAGGAGACAGGAAAUGGAGCGCCAGGCCGAGGAGGAGCAGACGUGGCUGCAGGAGAGGAAGACGGACGUCCUGGCACCGCUCCUGAUCCCACUCGGUGACCCCGAGGCUCUGAGCGCCGAAGACGCCCGGCGGCUUUACCUGCAGUGUUUGGCGGAGAGCAAAUGGAGGCUGCUGGAGAAGGCCGAGCUUAUCCAGCAGCGCUUUGAGCAGGAGACACAAGAGCUGCAGAGGAAACAGCAGUGGUACCAGAAGAACCAGCUCCACAUGGCGCUGCUAGAAAGGGAAGAGUACCAGAAAUACUGCGCUGAGAAAACACUACGAAUAAGUGUAGCCAAGAAACGCCUCAGCAUGCACGUGAAAGCAGCUCCUCUGGAGUGUCAGAAACUGGAUGAGAGGCUGAGAAAUGACCCUCGACUGGCCCCCCACCUGCUCACAUGAGUCACACGCCUGCCUUCUUGUAUGAAGACUCCCCCGGACAGGUCAGGAAUCACCUUUGAGGUUGGAGCUCAGCUAGAAGCCCGAGACCGCCACAAGAACUGGUGUGGACCACACACACACACACACAGCCGCUAACGACUGGUACGCGGCCACCAUCGAGAAGAUCGACUACGACAAAGAGCGGAUUCAGGUCCACUACCGCCAGUGGAGCCGUCGGCACAACGAAUGGUUCCACUGGACCUCGCCCUACCUGAGGCC